GAAAUGUUUUCGCCAUUUUUAAUGUAGCAUCAUUGUCAAGUAUUUUUUCCGAUUUUCUAGAUAGACAUUGACUUCAUACAGUCGGAAAAUUAUUUUCUUAAGAAAAUACCACAUAAAAUAUAUUUGAAAGUGGCAUUUUGAAAAUCGCUAUGGCCCUGCGUACAUAUGGUGAUAAACCAUUGAGUUUUCAAUUGGAGGAAAAUGGAGAAUAUUAUUAUGUCGGAUCAGAGGUUGGAAAUUAUCUGCGACUAUUCCGCGGUUCUUUGUAUAAAAAAUACCCUGGAAUGGCACGGCGAACAUUGACAAAUGAAGAACGUAAACGUUUGAUUGAUUCCGGUUUGAGCAGUCACAUUCUGGCCAGUUCGGUGUCAUUAUUGAAGGCAACUGAAGUUGAUGAUAUCAUUGCCGGGAAUGAUGACAAAUAUAAGGCUGUCUCUGUACAUUCAACCGAUCCUCCACUGCGCGAGAGCAAAUCAAAUAAAAAGCCCACAUCGUGGGUGCCAACCAUGCCAAACUCAAGCCAUCAUCUAGACGCAGUACCACAGGCAACUCCAAUUAACCGGAACAGAGUACACUCGAAGAAGAUUCGAACAUUCCCUAUGUGUUUUGAUGAUACAGAUCCAACUCUGAACUACGAAAAUGCCAAUCAUCCAGAAGUGUUGGUACCGAUUCGGUUGGACAUGGAAUUGGAAGGUCAAAAACUUCGUGAUACCUUCACAUGGAACAAAAAUGAAUGUAUGAUUACCCCAGAGCAAUUCGCUGAAGUGUUGUGUGAUGAUUUGGAUAUGAACCCAGUUCCGUUUGUUCCGGCUAUUGCAGCGGCAAUACGACAACAGACAGAAGCAUUUCCAAGUGAACCGCAUAUCAUAGAAGAUGGCAGUGAUCAACGUGUUAUUAUCAAAUUGAAUGUGCACGUCGGAAACACAUCACUCGUUGAUCAAGUCGAAUGGGAUAUGUCAGAAAAAUCGAACAAUCCUGAAGAAUUCGCAAUGAAACUAUGUGCAGAAUUGGGAUUGGGUGGUGAAUUCGUUACCGCUAUCGCCUAUUCAAUUCGUGGUCAACUUUCUUGGCAUUACCGCACAUACGCAUUCAGUGAGGCUCCAUUGGUCACCGUUGAAAUGCCAUUCCGUGGAACAAGUGACGCCGAUCAGUGGGCACCAUUCCUGGAAACUUUAACUGACGCUGAAAUGGAGAAGAAGAUUCGCGACCAAGAUCGUAACACACGACGAAUGCGCCGUCUCGCCAAUACAACCCCCGGGUGGUAAUCUGGCAAAUUGAACUAAAAAACGACAUACAUUCAAUAAUUUUGAACCUCUCAUUAACGUAUAAUUUUCCAAACAAAUCAACAUUUUUAUUUUAGGACAUAACUCUACAGUAAUCGGUGUUUCAUAAAGAAAAUAAAUGGUUGACAAAUCGAAAACCAAAAACAAAA